UCCUCUGUGCAGUUGAAAACAUGCCUAUGGUUUGUGCAGUUUACGGCUGCUCCAAUCGUUCUAACCGAGAAAAGGGCAAGGGAUUUUAUCGAGUACCAAAGAUUGCCGUGCACAAAGGUGAGAAAUGUAGAAAACUCACAGAAAAGCGCCGUAAAAUGUGGAUUUCAAACCUACAUUUGCAGUCGGGAGGAGCAGAAUCUGCUAAUGCACGUGUCUGCAGCGACCACUUCCUCAAAGGUUGCCCUAGCUCUUUGUUUGACGUUGAGUCAGUAGACUGGGCUCCAACUGUCAACCUCGGCUACCAACGAAAUAAGCCCAAAUCAGAGGCACCUGUUCAACGCGAGCAGAGUACGAAGCUAAAGGAAGACCAACAAAGAUGGUCGGAAGGUGCUGAGGCGAUGUCGGAUCUCCAACAGACAGGCUGUGGAGUUGCUGGAUGCCAAACUGGGCUGACAGUGGAAGACAUUGACAAGAUGGAGGAUGUUCUGAGACAGAACACAACAGAACUGACAAAUCUUCGAACCAAAGCACUGGAUACACAGUUCAACCGGGAGUCCUUUGAAAACGACGACAAUAAAGCUAAAUUUUACACGGGGCUCCCUAACUCCUUAGUUUUACUUCAAACCUUCGAGCUGUGCGAGCCCUACAUCACCUGUGGCCCCAUGUUUGUGCUGUCUAAAUUUCAACAGUUCGUUUUAGUUUUGCUGAGGUUGAGACUAAAUCUUUCCCUGACAGAUUUAGCUUUCAGAUUCAGUAUAUCUCUCCCCACUGCUUCCAGAGUUUGGCAUAAAAUAAUCGACAUCCUUUAUAACAGACUGGGGUUUCUAAUUGAGUGGCCAGAGCGACAUGUACUUCACACUACAAUGCCGAUGGCAUUCCAACAGGCUUUUGGAAGUAAAGCUGCUGUCAUAGUUGAUCGUUUUGAAGUUUUUGUCCAGGGGCCCUCAAAUUUACAGGCCCAAGCUCAAACGUGGUCCAACUACAAGCAUCAGCAUGCUGUUAAAUUUCUGAUUGGUGUUGCACCACAAGGUUGUGUCACUUAUGUAUCUUGUGCCUGGAGAGGGGGAGUCAGUGAUGAACAGAUCACAAUAGAGAGCGGCCUCUUAAAGAAUCUGUUACCUGGGGAUAUUGUCCUAGCAGACCAUGGGUUCAGUGUUGGCGGCAGUGUGGGAUUUUACUGUGCUUCACUACAAACACCUCCAUUCACAGAGGAAAGAAAACAGCUGUCAGCAUAUGAGGUGGAAGAUACUAGAGAAAUAGCUAAUGUGCAAAUUCAUGUUGACAGGGUCUUGGGUUUAGUCAGAAGAAAAUAUCAGAUUCUUCACAGCAGAGCUUUGUCCAUAGAGCACAUGGCAACAAAACCAGGUGAGGCACUAGCAUUGAUUGAGAAGAUUGGAGUUAUUUGCUGUGUCUUGUCUAACCUUUCCUUGUCAUCCCAUUGGAGUAAGGAGGAGGGGAAGAGGAUACGAGAGCAGGAAUAAUCUGUUCUGUACCUGAGCCCUCACAUUUUGGUCGGUCUGAAAUUAUGUUUUCAAUGAAAUAUUCCAGUUAAUAAUUGUACAGUGUUCUUUUAACAGUUGUUGACUGUCAUGAUUGAAUGAAUUAUGUUUAUGUCCACUAGGUGGCAAGCAUGAGUUCACGUGAAUGUAUAAAUGUAAAGAACAGAACAAUAGAAGUAGAUUUUCUUAUAUGACACACCUGUGAGCAAACGGCAUGAGCAGACCUGUAGAAAGAURCUUUAAUAAAAGUGUCUGAGCAUUA